AUGUCUCCCUCAUUAUCUACUCAUCUGUCUGUCAAAUCUGUUCAUAUCUAUCUAUCUAUCUAUCUAUCUAUCUAUCUAUCUAUCUAUCUAUCUAUCUAUCAUUUUUAUAUCCCUCUACAUCUGACUCCUGCAUUUUUGGGAACCUGCUAUUCAAAAUUUGUUUGGUUACCUCAUCAAUAUCACCCGGAACAAAUCCAUCUUUCUUAUGGAGAUAAUCCAACUCAGAUGGUGAUCACCUGGGUGACACUCUGGCCAACCAAUUCGACUGUGGUUGAAUAUGGAAUUAGCAGACUGGAUACAGAGACCCAAGGAAAAGAGACUCUCUUCAUUGAUGGAGGAAGUGAAAAACGACAUAUUUAUAUGCAUCGUGUGAAAUUGACCAGUUUGAUACCAGGACAGAAAUAUUUUUACCAUUGUGGUGGUGAGAAAGGUUGGAGUGCACUCUACUUUUUUGCUGCUAUGAAGAGUGGUCAGAGCUGGAGUCCUCGACUGGCUGUUUAUGGUGAUAUGGGAAACAUUAAAGGUCGUUCUAUUCCCCGUCUUCAAGAAUGGGCACAGAAAGGAAAAUUUGAUGCUGUCCUUCAUGUUGGUGAUUUGGCCUACAAUUUGGAUACAGACAAUGCCCGAAUGGGGGAUGAAUUUAUGCGACAAAUUGAGCCGAUUGCUGCCUAUGUUCCUUAUAUGGUGUCUCCAGGCAACCAUGAAGAAAAAUACAAUUUCUCAAACUACAAAAGUAGAUUCUCGAUGCCGCAAAAUGGCGAUGGAGAAAACAUGUAUUACAGUUUUGAUAUUGGUCCAGUACACGUGAUUAGUUUCUCUUCUGAAGUCUAUUACUUUUAUAUUGAUUACCGCUACAUUGACAAAAUGUAUGACUGGUUAAAACGAGACUUGGAGGUUGCCAAUCAGCCUGAAAACCGUGCAGUGAGACCCUGGAUUAUUGCUUUGGCACACAAACCAAUGUACUGCACAAAUUCUGAUGAUCAACCAAUCUGCUUUAAUAAGUACAACCCUGUUAGAGUUGGAUCUUCCCUGCAAGUUGGAAGAGGGCUUGAAGAUUUGUUUUGCAAUUAUGGUGUGGAUAUCUAUUUUGCUGGUCAUGAGCAUUCUUAUGAGAGACUGCUACCUCUAUAUGACUUUAUGGUACGAAAUGGAUCAUUUCAUCAUCCAUACACUAAUCCCAAGGCCACUGUUCAUAUCGUCACUGGUUCAGCAGGUAAUCAAGAAGCCCAGGAUCCUUUUAAGCAUGUCGAUCAUCCCUUUAGUGUUUACCACUCGGACGAUUAUGGAUUCACCAUGAUGUAUGUUCACAAUGUAACACAUAUCCAUUUACAACAAGUGUCAGAUGAUAAGGGUGGCAAAAUAAUUGAUGACUUCUGGGUCAUUAAAGAAAAAGUUGGAGCCCCUAAUUUCAAAUGCAAGAAAUUACGUAACUAA